AUGACGACAGAGGUGCGAUGCAUGAUGAGCAGGACAGCGGCGGCGGCGGCAGCGACGGCGUACCUUCCAGUGACAUCGGCCGUUGACCGCGGACGAGCAGCAAUGCACCCGCUACGCUGGCGCGUCGGGGACGCUCGAGGCGGUUGUAGCCCCAAAAAGGAAUGCAUCGGGGGCGGGGGUGACGUCAGGGCCUCGGCCGUAGGGCAUCGACGACGGGCGCCUGUUCGUGCCACGCUAUUCGCAGAAGUACUCCACAGCUCGACCGCUCUCCUCCCUCUCCCCUCCCACUCCGCCAUCACGGAGAACCUCCACGACAACCCCCGCGCCGACGCUCGCUCGCAGGAGCCCGUCGACGACUUUGCUGCUGCCAUCCAUGCCCGCUUCGCCACCCAUCCCACCCACCUCGCCCGGCUCACCCCCAGCGACCUUCCCGCCUCCCAACCCAACUCUCCAUUCAUCCCCCGCGGCCCCCCUCCCCCGCUUUCCCUGCCCACCCUCCCUCCUCCAAUGUUCCGAGCAGAGGGCUUCCACCCUGCCCGCCAGGUCGCCUGGCUCCGCGGCGGCUACAACGCCGUCUGGCGCGAUCGCCCCGAUCUGCUCGACAGCACUCCGCUCCCGGAUGAGGACGGCGAGGACGACGACCACGUCACCGACCUCCCUCUCCCAAACUCCAACCUCUCCAUCGGGCCUCUCCCACACAUAUCCGCACCAGAGAUGUCCAGGAGCACGUCCAUCCCGCCCCAGAAGGCUCUUCGCCCCAAGGCACUCCCCAUGAGCGCGUUCACGAGCGCAUCCACCAUGGCCCCCCCGCGCGCGUUCCCGGUUCGAGCUCCAAGUACGAGCACGGCCGUCAGUGCAGCUCCCAGCGCGGGCUUCGCGCCUGCCACCCCUGCACCCGGUGCGGUCACGGUCGACCCGUUCAGUACCAUCCCCGUCGCGACUCCUGGCCCCUCACUCCUCGCCGCGCGCACGAAGAGCAACCCGCUCGCGGCGCAGCUUAACCUUCGACUGCCGCGCGGCGCCUCUGCGCCGAGCUUGUUGCUCCCGACUCGGAUGCGUGUGCCGGUACGAGGUGGAGAACAGCCGGCUGCGGAUGUCGUGAGUGUGAGUAGCAUGCCGGGCGGUAUGAGGGGACAUCAUUCUGUGCCGCAUGCGAGGCAGGUUGCGUUCAACCCGUUCUUCGAUGCCAUCAGGCAGAACCUCGAGCUUGCGCACGGUGCAGAGUCCGCUGGCGCGGGCGAGGGCAGCAUCGCGCUGCGCCUCCCGCGUCGCGUGCGGCGGCGUGUCGGCGACCUACCGUUUGAGUGGUUGAGAGAGAUUGCAAGGAAGAGUGGAAGGGCGAAGGAGGUGAGCAGCGAGGAGAGCGAGGGCGAGAGCGUGAUCGCGGAGGACCGAACGAGGGAGAGGAAGAGCAGCGGUGGGCAGCGGCAGCUGAAAGAGCAGCAGCAACAACAUAAUAAGCAUCACGGACAUGGUCGCACGCACGGCCACCACCAUCACACGUCGAAGCACCUUCUCCCGGCGAAGCUUCAGCAGCCGCGCUCGACGACGCCGCCAUCAUCCCCUCCCGAGUCACCCACGCGCCGCUCCGCGGCGCCGCUCCAGCCGAUGAACAACGCAGAGUCGUCGCCGGACGAGCAGUCGUCGAGCAGCCAGAGCCCGCCGAGCGCGGAGGAUCUCACGCGCGCGCUCGAGCUGCAGUUUUACCGCAUCGAGCUGGGCGAGCAGCGCCGCUUGAUGGGCGUGAUGGAGCAUCAUAGCAGGGAGAGCGCGACUUUGGUGGCUGCUGGUGCGGGCGUGAGCGUGAGUUCGGCUGGGAUUGUCGGGCCUGGCUCGGGGAAGGAGAAGAAGGAGGAAGAGAAGGAGACGGAGGUGUUCCCGUUUAGCAUCACGGCUGGAUUGGAGAAGGGGAACAAGAAUCGCCCAGUUUUCGGCACUGGCUUCUCCGCGGUCUCUACGCAUAUUUCUGGUGUGACUUUGCGCGAAGCCACACCCACACGACGCCGUUACCGUCACAUCUGGCCGUUUGAGCAUGCGCGCGUGCGCCUGCGUAAGACGCGCCCCGGAGACGACGACUACAUGAACGCGAGCUACGUGCAGCCGCUGGGGACGAAGAAGCGGUACAUCGCGACGCAGGGUCCACUGCCCGCCACAUACGACGAUUUCUGGACGCUCUGCUGGGAGCAGAACGUGCACGUGAUCGUGAUGCUCACUCGCGAGAUUGAGGGCGCGACGACGAAGUGUGGCAAGUACUGGGUGGACGGCGAGUACGGGCCCAUCCGCCUGAAGCUCCUUGCGACGGACGACACGCCCGAGCGCGAGCGCCACAGGCACGAGAGCGAGAUCAGUGGCGGGUUCUUCGGCGGGCACAUUCCCAAGACGAAGCCGCGCGCGUCCAAGGCACGUAAAGACAAGGACAGCGAGCAUAAGGACGCGGAUGACGACAGCGACCACAAGAACACGGUUCGCAGAGUCUUUCGGUUGACGCAUACUGGCUAUCCGCACGCGCCGCCGCGGACCGUGACGCAGUUCCAAUAUCUCGACUGGCCGGAUUUCAACGUGCCCGAGGACCCACGAGGCGUUCUUGGCUUGAUUCGCGAGGUGGAAGAAGCUGUCGCGCGGUCGCGCGGUGCGGGCGAUCAAAUCUGGGGCGAGGGACCGUUGCAGCCUGGCCCGUGGCCCCCGCGGUUCACGAUCCCGACGCCAUCGUCGCCCAAGACGCGGCCGUCGAGCACGGUCAUCGAGGGUGUGUCCGCAGAUGAUAACGAUAUAGAGCCGACGACGGGCAUUGCGCGACAUGCGUUGGGGAAUCCACCGGUGCUGUUGCAUUGUUCGGCGGGCGUGGGACGCACGGGAGGGUUCAUCGCGGUUGAUGCAGUGCUGGACGGCGUGCGGCGCGAGAUGCGGAAGAGGAAGGAGGAGACGGAGGCUGUUGCUGCGGCGCUGGGGUCAGCGAGUGCCGGCAUGAGUGGGAGCGCGGAGGGCGGCUCGCGAUCGCGGUCGACGCCGAGUGGAAGUGGUAUGAGCAGCCGUGGUGAGCCGAUGGACGUGGAUUCGAGCCCAAGUCCGCCGCCGUCUGGGAACGAAAGCGCCACUGCGCCGCCUGCGGUGUCGGAGCUGAUGGUGCCGGUGUCGGCGGGAGACAGCGAGGUGCACGUCCGUGUGGCCGGGUUUGCCGAGUCUGUGCCCAUGGAUGUGGAUGAGAGCAGGGAGCGGGUCGAGCGGCAGGGCACUGGGAGGGUGAGUGAGGCGCGGCGCUCGGAGGCGGUUGGGCCUGCUGGGAAGAAACUUGCUCGGACCGUGCUUCCGGCGAGCUCGGAACUGAUAGACGAGGUGCGGCGCGCGACGAUGUACCGGUGGGAGUCGACGUCGACGGUCGCGUCUGUGGGCGAUUCGACGAUGGAGUCGAGCAAGGAUUCGGAGACGAGCAGCUCGGAUUCGUUUCCCCUGCAGUCGGGCAAAGCGUUUACGACGCGCUUCACUUCGGGCACUGGAUCGUCGUCGUCCGCGAUUAGGUCGGUGUCGCAUUCGUCGACGAGUCCGCCUACGAGCCAGAUGGGUAGCUCGACGAGCUUGUCGGCCGCGGUGACGAACAAGAUGUCACUGCGGCCGAGCCACGAGAAGGCGUCGUCGAGCAGCGAGUCGGUGAAUGCGAUGGACGUGGACGUCAAGGCGAUGGAUGCUCCGGUGAAGCAAGAUGAGGAGCAGAGCGAUAAGCCACGUGAGGAGCCGAGCAGGCUGGAUACAUGGCGAUCUGAAGUGCGCACGUCGGGGUCUCCGCCGAGAGAGGGUACGCGUUCUGCGUCCAAGUCGCCAGAGCUGGCGGACGUGACUCCCGAGAAGCCGGCGCAGGAAGAGGCGGAGCAGCAGGGGGCGUAUUUUCAUCGGAAGACGGUGGAUUAUGCACAGCCGCGCCGGUUGCAUGAGGAUGUGUCGCCGCCGUUGUUGUCGACGUUUGACGAGCCGAUCCGGAGGGUUGUGGAGGAUAUGCGGGAGCAGAGGAUGAGCCUUUGCCAGAGCUUGCGGCAGUAUGUGUUUGUGCAUCGGGCGGUUAUCGAGGGGGCGUUGAUGAUUGUGGAUGAGGAGAGGGAGAGGGAGGUGGAGGGGGUUGGUGGGGAUGCGGAGCGGCUGGUUGACUCGGGCGUCGUGUUGGACAUGAGUUUGCCUGUGAAGGAGGCAAUUGAAGAUGCUUUGCGCACGCCGGUGGUCACUCAUCGUCCGGGGUCGCCGCUUGGGCUGCACGAGCAAGAGGACCCUCGGAAACGCAACCACUCGGAUGCCAUGCGAACUAGUACGGGCGGCGAUGGGUCUGCGCAGGGCGGAUCGGUCACGAUGUCGCCGGGGAGGCCGAAGCGGGGGGCGAGCCCGACGGAGCUGCAGAAGGAGAGCAAGCGCGGGGAGGUGAUGCUCACGAAGCGGCCGUCUAUUAAGCGGGGGUCGAGGGUUGGAGGGAGAGGGAGCGGGAGCAGCGAUGGGGACUCGUCUGCGUCUGCAGAGUUUGAGGUGAUGCCUGAGGGUGGGACGGGAGUUGGGACUCGGCAGCAGUAG